GGUAUAAAUAUAUAUAUAUUUUUUCUCAAUGUAAUUAAUUCUCUCGUUUCUCACCACAAACAAAGCACCCACAAACGUUUUCUCAAAAAAAAAUAAAAAAAUCACAAAACUUCAUACUACAAUUUUCUAGGAUUUGUGUUCGCGCUGCUUCGGCAGAAUUGCGAUUUCAUCGAUGUGGAUGUGAUCUUCUUCGAAUCGUUGUGCCAAAUUUUCAUUUGGAUUGUUUUAAUCGAAGAGCAGAAAAAUGAUUCAGCUCCAUCUUCAGCUUCAGCAGCAGAAGCAGUUUCUCGCAGUGCCGAAAUUCCAUGGCGCCCGUCCCUUCAAACUUCCGGCAGCGGCGGCGAUUUGCCCUCCUCCUCCCGAAGAUAGUCGAGUUACCUUUGGAUUACGGGCGAAGCCGAUUUCCCGAUUGUUGCUCUGUAGAGUGAAGGAUAAUUCAGACAUUAUAUCACAGCUGGAACUUGGUAAGCCCGAAGAGAAAAGGAAGGCGGAUAAGCGUGUUAAUGGCAUUUUCUGGAUUCUACUGAUCAAUAUCGGGAUAUAUGUGGCCGAUCAUGUGUUCCAGGUUCCGCUGAUUAAGGAACUGUAUCUGUAUCAUAAUCAGCCUGCUUGGUACCAGUUUAUAACGUCUACGUUCUGUCAUUUCAACUGGAGCCAUCUAUCAAGCAAUCUGUUUUUCUUGUAUAUUUUUGGAAAACUCGUUGAAGAAGAAGAAGGGAACUUUGCCUUAUGGCUUUCCUACAUCUUGACAGGCGCGGGGGCGAACCUCGUUUCAUGGUUAGUUCUUCCGAGAAAUGCUGUUUCCAUCGGGGCAUCUGGUGCUGUAUUUGGACUCUUUGCUGUUAGUGUCCUCGUGAAGAUGUCGUGGGACUGGAGGAAGAUCCUCGAAGUUCUUAUAUUGGGACAAUUUGUUGUAGAAAAGGUGAUGGAAGCAGCCCAAGCUUCGGCGAGCUUAGGUGGCAGCUUCCGAGGAGGCGGGUACGCGAUGCAGAACGUAAACCACAUCGCGCAUCUCUCCGGCGCCCUCAUCGGCGUGGUCCUAAUCUGGAUGCUCAGCAGUGUCACACCAACUGAUGAGAAAUAGGGCUUCUUAUUUGAGCACGAAACUCACCACUCUUUUACUAUGAUGCCCUUUGCCCAAGAAUCAUGCACCAUUGAUGAGGGUAGUUUUGUCAUUGUAUGAUGAUAACUGUUGACUAUGUAACUGUGUAUGUAGCAUAGCUUAUUCAUGUAUUUAUCUCACAACAUUGCACAUUGUAUUUCCUUCAUUAUAUACACUGAUGUUGUCCUUUAA